AAAAACAAACAUCAACGAAAAUUUAGCUCAAAAAACUACAAUUAACAAAUGCAUAGCUUUCAAAAAUCUAUUUCAACAACUUAUGAAUCAUAAUUAUGUCAAAAAAUCGUGUUUUAAUAUGUUCCAGACAAUUUUCUUGGACACCAAAAUAGUAGAACAGUUAAAACAAAAACACGCCGGGAACUGUCCAGGGCAUCUUCAUUGAACAAUGAUUUCAAAAAAUCUUAAAAAGUUGAUUUGUUUUUAUAAAAAUGGAAAAGCAAAUUAUAAACUUAUUAAAUUAUCUUCCAAAUUAUGAAGAAAUUAAACAUUUAACUAAAGAUCAAAUUGAAGCAAAUUACAUUUUGUCCAUGGCCAGUGAAAAUAUCCAACAAAUUCUGAAAGAAUACCAAAAAUCCUCCAAUGCAGAUCUCUCAACAGAUGAAAUCGAAGAAAAUUCAUUCCUCAUAGAAUCAUUGAACGAUAAGUUCUGGGAACAUAUUCAUACAGGAAUAUUUAGCGAAGUGUCCUUAGAAACACGUAAAAUCUACACUAUUUCCUGCUAUUUCAAAAUUGCAUAUAGCUUAAUUUCUAGCCAUGAUCAACAACAGCUGGAAAAAUGCAGUGAGUAUCUGGAUCAAGCUUUACUCAUUGGAUAUUCUGAAGAGAUUUCUGACAAAUGCAAUCUAUUCAAAAAUACAAUGAUGAGUUUCUUAGAUGAAUAUCUUGAUCUAUCACAACUAAUAAAGCUGCCUUAUAUUGAUCCUAUAGAGCAUAAGGAAAUUCCAUGUGAUAUAACCAUUCUGGAGUCUCCGUCAGUGGAAGAAUUCAAAGAGAACCACUUCAUUCCAUUGAAACCAGCCCUUCUUCGUGGAACAAUAAAUGAUUGGCCAGCUCUAACCAAAUGGCGAGAUCUAUCUUAUAUCCUCAAAGUUGCAGGAAACAGAACAGUUCCGAUUGAAAUUGGAAACAACUAUACAACAGAUGAUUGGUCACAGCAACUUAUGAAAAUAAGAGACUUCUUGCAAAGGCAAUUUGGCGAGAAACCUCCCGACAACAACGAUGAUGAGGAAUUUGAAGUUGAAUAUUUAGCACAACACGAACUAUUCAAUCAUGUUCCUAUUCUCAAAGAAGACAUUAUUUGUCCGAUUUUUUGCAGUCUCGGAGAAGAACCUGAUAAAGUUGAUAUAAAAGCAUGGCUAGGACCAAAAGGAACUAUCUCGCCAAUGCAUCAAGAUCCUAAGCAUAAUAUUCUUUGUCAAGUUUUUGGCACAAAACGAAUUAUAUUGGCAUCGCCAGAUGAUUCGGAAUAUUUGUAUCCUCAUGAAACCGAUUUCUUCCAUAAUACUUCGCAAAUCGAUGCCGAUCACUUGGAUUUGGAUGAAUUUCCCUUGGCUAGAAAUGCGAAAUUUUAUCAUCUAACUCUGCAGGAGGGUGAAUGUUUAUAUCUGCCGCCAAAGUGGUGGCACUAUAUAAGAUCGGAAAGUAAAAGUUUUUCAGUAAGCUUUUGGUGGCAGUAAUAAAUUUAUU